CCGGGCCCUCUGCGUGGUGGGGCCGCGGAGCCCCUCUUGCCCUGCGUCCUUCCGUCCGUCCUGUCAGGCCCGUGUCUUGGGGGGCUGGGCCGGGGGCCUCGCGGUUUUCGUCAGGUCCCUCCCCUCGGCGGGCUCGCCCCGCUUGUUUGCUGGCUAGGCGAAGCCCUGGCAGAGCCGGUUGUCGGCUGGCGAGGUACUUGGGAGAGACUGAAAGCUCAGAUUGGGGUCCGAUUUCUUUUGAAUGCUCGCCCACCCAAGACUAUGUUCUGGGGAAGCUGAGAAGCCCCCCAAGUUAUCUCAGUUGUUGAGUAUCUCAGUUCGGCAGGUGAAGAAGUGGACUUGUUUAAGUAACUGAAAUGAAUUACAAGGGGAGUACCUGCCCUGGGGAGAGAAAUUAUAUCGCUAUUCAUGGUAGCGGUCGGAAAAACUGCGUAAGUACUUCUGAAGCGAUUGGUGAUGCAGUUGUCUUCAGGACAAGGACAGGUGUUACACACGGUCCCUGGGAUUAGUAGUGUAACUAGAAGAGUCUGGGAGGGGAGAGGAAGGCUUGCAUGCCAGGAGAGUGCCUUUUCAUCCUCUCCCCUGUUAUUUUUAUCAAGGAGUACUUAAACGGUUGAGUAAUCAAAGUCUAGAGCCUUCAGUACAGGAUCUGUCAUAAAAUGUUUGGGGAUAUCUAGCCAGAAGUGAGUAAUGUGUAAUUCUUAAUAGAUAUAAGGAGACUGGUUUUUGUCAUCCCCCCCAGUACCCCAGGGUUGGAAACAGUUCCCUGUGCUGGCAGUUGUGAAUUGACUAGAGGGAGCAUGGAAUGCAAACUUAGAAAAAGUAGUUUUGGUCUUUGCUAUGGAUACUGAAACAUGACUUUUUCCCGGAGACAGAAAAGCUAGAACUCUGUUUAAGCAGCAGAGUAUGAAAACUGAUUAAUUCUGUUUUGAAUCUUGGGAUUAUUAGCUAGUUAAUUUAUCUUAAAACAGAAUUCUUGAAUAAUUUACUUCUUGCGUGGUAGGAAAUUGCAAGCAGUGACUUCCCUGUGUAAUCUUAUGGGCUGGUGAACACAGCUUAUUGGAGCUCUCUGAUUACACUUAUCCGAAACAGAUGAUAACAGAGUUGAGGAUCUUCUGUGCUCCUACAGUGUCUGAAAAGCCAUAUUUAUUUUUUUUCCAAAUACUUGGCAAGACAUGUGAAGUAGGUGCCUCCUUGCAUAGUAUGUAUACUUUCUUAUAGUAGGAAAUCUAUUUAUCUUUUUCCUCCAUACUUUGGCUAUAAAAUUAAAACCAAAACCUAAAAUCUUUUAGAUAGUAACCAGUAAAUGAUUUAUUAAGAUACAAAGAUCUUGUAUGCAAAGGUGGAGGGAGAAUGCAAAAGAGAUUGAAGGAGAAGGAGAGAGAAAGGUGAAAUUCCCAAACUACCUUUAAAAAUGAAAUAUGUGCUGGAAGUAGAUGACCCUGGGUGUAGCCAGUUUCCCUGCUCUACAAGUAAACCGCAGAGCAUCUAUCCCUUGCCAGUGUUGCCUAAUCUGGCUGUUUCUCAACUGUCUGACAGCUACCUCAAAUGAGAUUUGAAUAAGAUUUGCAUUUCUAUGGGGUUUUAACUAGUGAUCUGCAUUUUCAUGGGACAGCCACGGGCAUCAAGCUGUUUCAGAAAAGGACUGUUAUGAAGAAAUUUGCUGUAACUGCAGUUUAUACUCAUCCAAGCUAGACAACUGUUGCUUUUUUUAGAAAAAUAGAAGAAUAAACUCAAGAAAGAAUUAAAAGGACUUCCGAAGAUUAACUGCUGUAAUUUAUUGCAGUACGUUUUUGUUAACCAACUUGUGUGUGCAGUCUGGAGGCAAUAAAAGCAAGAGAAAUGGAGACGGAGACCAUUUUAAGUCUUCGACAACAACUCAAGGAAGCAGAGAAUGAACGGAGAAAGGCAGCACAGUAUGGCUUGCAUUUAUUGGAAUCUCAAAGUGAAGUUCAAAAUCAGUUGGAUCAAACACGUCGUGAACUGACGGACAAAACUGAGAAAUUUGAACAAGAGAAAUACUCUCUGCAGAGAGAAAUUGAACUCAAGAACAGAAUGUUGGAAAGCUUGAGUUUUGAAUGUGAUGCUCUUAAGCAACAGCAAAACAUGCAACUGGAUAAACAGAAAGAACAGCUUGCCAGAGUUCAUGGACAAGAAAUCAGUGACCUUAAAAACAAGUUGGAGAACCUGAAAGCAGAACUAGAUGAAACUCGACUGACAGAGAAACAACUGAGACAUAAAGUGGAUCAUCAGAAGGAAAUAAUUGCUGCCAAAUCAGAGGAGUUGCAUAUGAUGUCUGAACGUGUACAUGAGACCAUGUCUUCAGAAAUGCUCAAUCUUCAGAUGGAACUCACUGAACUAGAAAGUGUGAAGGCCAGUGUUGAAGAGAAGCUGAAUGAAUUGCAGUACAAUAAAGAACAAUUGGAACUUGUAAAUAGCAACUUACGUAAUCAGCUGGAGCGUCUACAGGGAGAAAAAGAAGAGAGGGAAAAAGAAGUCGUUUCUUACUGUAAUGCAUUAGAGAAAGCUCGUGAGGCUAAUCAAGAGCUGCAGGUUCAGCUGGAUCACGCACUGCAGCAAUCUUUGGACCCUACAAGUAAAGGCAACUCUCUCUUUGCUGAGGUGGAGGACCGUAGGGCAGAAAUGGAACGACAGCUGAUCAGUGUGAAAAUAAAAUAUCAGUCACUACAAAAACAGCAUGCAUUCACUAGAGAACAAUUACAAAGAAUGAAGUUGCAAAUGGCUACACUACUACAAAUGAAAGGUUCUCAGGCAGAAUUUGAGCAGCUGGAACGCUUACAGUCAAUGUUAGAACAAAAGAAUGGUGAGAUUGAAGAUCUUCUCAUGAAAGUGAGACAACUAGAAAAAUUCAAGAUCUUAUAUGAGAACACAGAAGAAUCCAGAGCUAGUACUAGUUCAAGAGGAGGAGAAUCUGAAGAUGGUUACUAUGCGGACUUGCUUCAAAUGAAACUUGACAACUCAAAUAAGGAAACGGAAACCUUGAGAAACGAACUAUCCUUGCAGAGGAUGAAAGCUUUGUAUGAGAGCCAAAGGGUUCUGGAAGUUGAAAGGAAACUCUUCACAAAUGAGAGGCAUUUGCAAGCUUGUCAGAGUGAGAAUAUGAACUUGCGAGUUAUGCUGGAUGAGCUAAAAAUGAAGUAUGAACCUGAAGAGUUUCUUAAAGUUACUAAAGCUAAAAAGAAGAGGGAGAAGAUUCCAGUGGACCCUACCUGUGAAUACGUGGACAGCAAAAAUACUUUAGCAAAAGAAACCGCUCUCGCUCAAUUGUCAAGUAAGGAAGAAACAAAGAUGAGUUCCAAGAACUUAGAGCAAAGUGACGCCUCUCCAAAAAAACAUGUCCUUGAAGCACCACCAAUAAAUAUAGCUCUUCAAGCGAUGCACAAAGUAGUGGGAACUGAGAAAGAAAGAAAGAGAGUUAAAAUCAGAGAUGAGCAUCAUGACACCUGUACUUCACAUGACAGAAAUGGAAAUAAUUCUUUGACUUCGGCUGCCCCCAGGUUAACAGCUGAAUCCAGAUCUGAAACUACAGAAAAUGAAGAGAAGAAGGAAAAUGUAAUCACAACUGAGAAGAAAGCACAAAAGAAAAAAUAUACUACAUUAUAUGUAUCUUCUAAGCCAACUCCUGAAACACAGUGUGCUCAGCAAUAAAGCUUGUAUUUCUAGAAGGAACCUUAGUAAUUUGGAGUUUUGCUUCAGCAAGAAUUACUGAGUAAACUUGUGUUGCACAAAUAUACACAGGUUCCUAACUUAAAUGUCUGUCUGCCUUGUUUUGUGAGGAGUAUGACCGCACUUCCAGUGUCUUAACUUCUGAGAGGUCACCUAUUAAAUUCCCUGGCAAUAUGACCUGCAGUGUUGCCUUGUCUUCCAUUUUGGAUAAAACUCUGAAUACUUGUUAGGCAUUAUUUCUGUGAUGCAUAGUACUAUUCUGAAUGAUAAGAACUUGCUGUGGAAGUUUUCGUAUGUAAUAAAAUGGGUCCACUCUGAGCAAUGCUGAUGCAGAACUAAGUCAUAUGUAAUUGCUCCUGAAUUUCUUCCAGUUCCUAACUUCCUACCUUUUUCCCCUAAUGUGUAAUUGUUCAACUCUCAGACUGACUUGAUUGUGAAGGUAUGUGUGAAUUUUUUAGUGCAUUUUGUGGGAUAGUACUUUUUUUUGAAACUCUAAGUCCUUGUAUUUAUCCUAGUAAUUAAAAUAAAGCUUUCUUUUUAUUUCUUUCUAAAAUGACAGUCAAUAUUGCAUUUGAUACAAAGCAUCAUUUUUCUAAAGGUGUCAAUUUUUUUGAGUGACAGGUGUUUUAUGGAAAGGAUUUUGUGUAAGUACUGCCCA